AUGAGUUCCGGUCGCCCCCCACCCAACAUGAAGGGCAUAACCUCCUUGAAGUUAGACAACCUGACCUACCAUACCACGCCUGACACCUUGCGAUGCAUCUUCCUGAAGUACAGAGAGGUUGGCGAUGUGUACAUCCCGAGGGACCGUUUCACUAAACUGUCCCGUGGUUUCGCCUUCGUCCGCUUCCACGACAGGCGCCACGCCGAGGACGCGAUGGAGGCCUUAGAUGGGGUCGUGCUGGAUGGUCGAGAAAUACGGGUGCAGAUGGCGUGCUGCCGUCGCCCCCCAGGUUCUGAAAGAGGCCGCAGAGAAAUGCCAACCCAGUGGCAUGCAGGAGACCACUCCAAAAGCCAGAUCCUCUGCUGUUCCAGAUCCCGAUCCGUAAGCAGAUGUCGCUUGAGCCACUCCAAGUCUCCAUCUCGCUCUUCCAGUAGAGCUCCGUCAACCUCUAGACCUGGACCUACUGGAAGAUCCAAUUCCAGGUCCCCCUCGGUGUUCAGGUCCAGGUCCAGGUCCAGAAGCCUUCCGCGAGAAUACACGGGGGAAUCCGAGUCCGAAACGCAAGCCAGAAUUCUCUUCCAGCUUCCUGGGAGAGAGGUCCGUUCUGGAUAA